CAUGUCCUCCUCCACCUUCAUGUCCUCCUCCUGAAAGGCACAAUAAAAUGCACCUGAUAUGUGAAGAAGGCUGGGAGGAACAUGGAGGGAAGAGUUAUAAAUUCUUAACCUCUAAAGCCUCCUGGGAGGACAGCAGAAGUUUCUGCAGAGAUCUUGGAGGAGACCUGGUGAAGAUCGACAGCAGAGAGGAGCAGGAGUUUCUGUUGGAAAGAAUAAAGAGCAAGAUAAAUGAUGAUGAACACGUAUUCUGGAUCGGACUGACGGACUCAGAGACUGAAGGCACCUGGUUGUGGGUGGACGGAUCUCCUCUGGAUGAAAGUUUUUGGAUCGGAGGAGAGCCCAACAAUGGAGUAGGUCUUUUCGGUUUAAGAGAAAACUGUGUGGCUUUGAAACGUCUGGAACUGCAGUCUUGGAAUGAUCAGCCCUGCAGUUCUCCUGCCAGAAGAAUCUGUGAGAUAUCACUAUGAUCUCUCAGAGUUCAUGUGUGUGAAGUUCAGUUCAGUGAGUAAAACAAUCUCAGUCCAGGAUCCAGAAGCAGCAGCCAGGCUGCUUUCAGGAACUUCAUGUCACAAACAGUUAAAGCUUCCUUCUAGUUUGCAGCUUUCUACAGAUUUGUAGCCUUAAUCUUUGUGUUUCUUGUCUUUUAUUCUAAGUUUAGUCAGCUUUGAUUUUUCAGCUGACUUCUGUUCUUGUUAGGCUCAGAUUAGCAGGGACUGAUUGGUAAAAGUGGGAUUAGAUAAUCCAGGAUUAUUAGUGGGACAGUUUUGGAUUCUUCAUUCCUUCAUGAAUAAAGUUCUAGUUUCUGCUCUUCA